AUGUUGAUCUUUCAAUCAAAACAAUUGCCCAAAAAGAAUGACGAAGAAGAAGCAUCACGACAAAGAAUAAGACAACCUGUGAAUUAUGCAUCUAUCAAUAAUCCCAAUCCAGGAAGUCAUGAAGAAGAAAGAGUGUCUGCUGUUAUCAGUAGAUAUAAAUACUAUAACAGACUGGCACCUCACGGCAGUAGCAACUUUCUUAUGCCAGAUCAUGUUGUUCCUCAAGUAUUUGUCAAUUAUGUUUUCAAACCAAUUCCUGGAGAACAAAGUAGUAUUGUUACAAUAUUUUCACUAUGGAACACAAUGAUGGGAACCUCACUUCUAAGUAUGCCUUGGGCAAUAAGACAGGCUGGGUUUGCCACAGCUAUUCCAUUGUUAGUAUUGAUGGCAGGAAUUAACCUUUAUACUAGUUACAGAAUACUAAAAACUUCACAAGAAUAUUCUGUUGAUGGACAGUUGGUAGAAUUUUCUGAUGUAUGUAAACAUUACUUAGGGAAGUGGGCACAGUAUCUAGCUGUGGGUUCAUCACUACUAACUCUACUUGGAGGUGCUAUUGUUUAUUGGAUACUCAUGUCAAACUUUCUCUACAAUGUAGUUUUAUUUAUUUGGCAUAAAGCUGAACAUGAUUCUUCAACUGCUAGCAACAUGAAUAUUUCAAAUCCAGAUAUAGUAUGCAAUGUUCAUCAUCCAGAUAAGAAUCAUACAUCAUCUAUAUAUGGAUCUCAUACACAUGAAGAACAAUUUGAUAAAAUAUGGAAUGUAUCUUAUACAGUACCUUUCUUCUUAAUACUCAUCUUAGGACCUCUAGUCAACUUUAAAUCUCCUACAUUCUUCACAAAAUUCAAUGCUUUAGCUACCUUAUCUGUGACAUAUUUGAUAUGCUUUGUCAUAAUAAAUGCUGCAAAAUGGGGUAUAAAUGUAGAUUUCAGUGGAAAUGAGCAGCAGAUAUUUUAUGUCUCGGAUUUUAAGGGAAGUUUUCCUGCAUUGACUGGUAUUGCAGCUUUAGCUUAUUUUGUACAGAACUCUUGUGUAUCAAUAGUCAGAAAUCAGAAAUAUCCUGAAAAUAAUAUAAGAGAUUUGAUUAUAGCCUAUAUAUUAGUGGCCUUUACUUAUAUAUUUGUUGGUGUUAUGUUUUUUAUAAGUUUUCCAAUGGAAAAGGACUGCAUUGAAGAUAAUUUAUUAAACAAUAUGUCUGACACUUAUGUCUUGGCAUUUGUGGCAAGAAUUAGCUUAUUCUUCCAGAUGAUGUGUGUUUUCCCAUUGUUAUUGUAUAUAUUUAGAGUACAACUUUUGUAUACCAUAUACAACAUGGUUUGGCCAGGAUUGCGCCAUGUUUUGGUAUUGAAUGUGUGUAUAAUUGCAGUAUGUGUGGUAUUUGCAGUAUUUCUACCUCAUAUAGGAAAAAUUAUAGGAUUUUUUGGAGCAUUCUGUGGUUUUGCCUAUGCCAUUAUGUUGCCAUGUCUAGUACAUUUGACUAUACAACACAGAAACGGAGAACAGUCUUUAUUGAGUACUGUUUUACAUUCCUUUCUCAUUGUCAUAGGAUUAGCUAAUUUUGUUGGACAGUUUUUAGUUCUCAAUGUAAAAUGAAGUGUGCUUUUCAAAGGACCUAAGAAAUCCAGAAAAUUUUUCUUGGUCUCAGAGAAUGUAAAGUGCAUUGUUCUUGAAGUAUGGAGUUGAAAGAUUUUAUAUGGAUUGGCGAUUUGAUAGUUAGAAUUUGCAUCACAUUAUGAGCAUUCUGCAAAAUGCAUUGGAAAAAGUUUGAAAUAUUUGACGGCAUUAUGGCAGGGCAUAUAAGUCAAGAAUUUAUCAUAUUGAUAAUUAUAAUAUGUUUACUGCCACCUUCAAAGAUGGUUUUUUUUUAACAUCCUAGACUAUAUUUUAAAUUUUGAUGUAUUUUGUUAAACAAUAUGUUAUGUAUGUUAUGAAUGUUAUAUUUUUCCCAUAAUUUGUGAGUGUGAGAGAUACCAUAUUUUAAGAAAUGCAGUUGAUUGUUGUUAUCUAAACAGUUUUAUGGUCUCGCAUGCAAUGAAAGUCGCAUAAUGCGAGACAUAGGGAUAAAAAUCCAGCGGCAACAACAGAAACUAUUUGUAUAAAGCUUUUUAUUUCAAAAGCUAGAUGACCUGGAUGCUUCAUACCUUGUAUGCAGAUAUCUUAUGUUAUGAAGUUUCCGUCUGUCAUAUCUCCAUUGUUCAUGACCUCAUUUUCAUGGUUCAUUGACUGCAUGAAAAAAAUUACUGUUUUUUGGGAAAAGUGAUAUACCGUACUCUCUUAUUAUGAGCAGUAGUAUGGGGUUAUUAUAUUGGGUGUAUGGGAUGAUUGUAAGGUGUACAUGUCAAACUGGCAAGUGUCAUCUGACUUUGACCUCAUUUUCAUGGUUCAUUGGACAAAUGUUUGGAUUUUAUGGUUUGGCCUAUUUCUCAGAUGCUAUAAGCAAUAGGUCAACUAUAUUUGGUGUAUGGAAUAAUUGUUAGGUGUAUAUGUAUGUCUGUCACGUUUCAUGUGACCCUGACCUCAUUUUCAUGGUUCAUAGGUCAAUGAUAGGUUUUUGUGGUUAUGUCAAUUUAUACUAGUUACUAUAAGCAAAUGGUCAACUAUAUUUGGUGUAUGGAAUGUUUGUUAGGUGUACAUGUCUGUCUAGCAGGGUUCACAUAUCCUUGACCUCAUUUUCAUUGGUCAUUGUUAAGAUUUUGUGGUUUGAUCCGUUUCUCAUGUCAGCUAUAAGUUCAUGUGAUACUUUAUAUUUUUAUAUUCUAUAUCACUCUAGCAUAUUUCUUUACUGAACAUGUUCUUGCUCACCCAUGCCUUUACAAUCUAAAAAAUCAACAUCUUAUAAACAAGUUUAUAUUUCCUACCCUACCUUUUAUUUCAUUAGUAUCUUUAAUCCCUGGACCUUGGCAAGAGAAAAAGAAGAAAGAACUAUAUUGCUUAUGAUGAACCAGAAAUGUUAUGUAAAAUAUGACUUUCAUGAUGAACCAGAAAUGUUAUGUAAAAUAUGACUUUCACCCAAAACAACAGUACAAAUAUCCAUAAAGUGACAACUCAAAUGUUUGUUUGUGGAAUGAUGAGUCCAACUUUAUAUAUUUUGAUAACAACAUGUACUUAUUACUACUUGUUGUAUAAAUAUGUCUUAUUUUUGAAAGACAGAUUAGAGUCCAGUACACUUCUAUUAGGUCCACCAAAAAUGCAAGUGGUGCUGGACCUAUUCUUUACAAAAAUUUGGAGAUCUCUGCCAUGCUGCAGUGGUGCAAUUUUUUUUUCAUUUGAUUUAACAACUGUAUUUCAUUUAGUUUGAAAUACUGUGAAUCAGAAAAUAUUCAAAAGAUUAUAAAUUAGAUUCAUAAAUUUCUGUGCAUUUAAUAAUAUUGAACUAUGGACAAAAUUGUGUGAUUAUUUUUUUCGAUUUCAGAAAAGUCAGCAUACAAGUAAUGCUAUAAAAAAUGUUUAAAUUACAAGUUUUUAUUUUUUUUAAACCUAUCCCACUGCAAUUUUUUCGAUAUUUACAGUAUUUUUUAUUUUAUUUAUGACAGCUUAGUUUUUAAAAAAAUAUUAUAUACAAGACAAAAAAACAUAGGAUAGAGUUCAGAUAGAGAUCUAUUUGUACAUUUUUUUUUUGUAUAUUAAAAUAUCCCAGUUUAUGAUUGUAUUGAAAAACAUGAGAUUAAUGAAAGCUUUCUUACUGAACAAAUGAUAUAAAUUCAUGGCCAGUAAUA